UAAAUUUCUAUUUAGGUGUAUACCAAUAAUUUUAAAAUUAGAUAGGUCAGUGUUGGGUUGGUAGCAUUUCUUAUCAAGUGUCGUAAUCGACUUCAUAGACAGCAAGUGUCCACAAAAACAUCACGAUGAACGUGAUUGCAAAAUCUAGCAAUUUAUCUGCCUAUUUAAAAGGUACUACACAAGUUGUAUCUAAUGGGCUACCCAAUUUAUCGUUCGUAGCUAGUACGUCUUCUAAACCAGUGGUUGUGGCUGCUGCUCAACAAAGUCUUAAUAUUAGUGAUCAAAUUCGAAUUCCUCCACCAAUUACGGGGAAACUUCGUGUGAGUUCAGGACCUGCAGUAACAACUCAAGUACGAUAUGCCCAUACUGAUAUUAAGAUACCAGAUUUCUCAGCAUAUCGUCGAGAAUCUGUUAAAAAUCCAAAUGCUACAAGUGCAGAUUCCGAAGAAGCACGGAAAAGUUUUUCAUAUUUAUUAGUUGGAGGUUCUGCUGUGGCAGGAGCCUACGCAGCUAAAACAGUUGUAACUGAAUUUAUCAGUUCUAUGAGUGCAUCAGCUGAUGUUUUGGCUAUGGCUAAAAUUGAAAUUAAAUUAGCUGAUAUCCCUGAAGGAAAGAAUGUUACAUUCAAAUGGCGUGGCAAACCACUUUUCAUUCGUCACAGAACUGAAGAAGAAAUUUCAAAUGAACGCUCUGUAAAUGUAUCCGAAUUACGUGAUCCUGAACCCGAUACAGAUCGUGUACAGAGACCAGAAUGGCUUGUAGUCAUUGGAGUUUGCACACAUUUAGGUUGUGUACCAAUUGCAAAUGCUGGUGAUUUCGGUGGUUACUAUUGCCCAUGUCACGGUUCACAUUAUGACGGAUCCGGACGUAUUCGUAAAGGUCCAGCUCCAUUGAAUUUAGAAGUACCACCUUAUGUAUUCCCAGAUGAAGGUUUACUAAUUGUUGGUUAAUUAAUCAAAUUUAUUUAAAUGAAUUUUAAUUUAAGUAAAUAAAAUUAUAUUUAUUGAGACAAGAGAUCGAUCGUUGUUUAUUGAAACUGUAGUUCCAUCAAUUUAGGUUUCAUGAAAUUUUAAUGAAAAAAAAAUAAAAAUGUAAAAAAUUUGUA